AUGGAGACUGCGCAUUUUCAGUUGUCUGUCGUAUCUGCGGAUCAGCGACUUCCCUCCCAAAUAGUAGAAGUCGAGUCUGAAUGGACUACAAUUGAUUUAAAGAAACAUCUUAGCAAAGUGUAUCCGGGCGAACCUCCCAUAGACAGCCAAAAAUUGAUUUUCGCAGGCCGCAUACUUUCCGAUGAUUCUAAACUGAGGUCAAUACUUGGACACAAUUCUCUUUCGUCUACUGUGCACCUCGUUUUGUCUCCUUCUGUGGCAAAUCAAGCUAAGGCUGCAAUGACAGUUGGGAAGUCUGAUGACAUUUCGGAGGAAGAGUUGUCAGAAUUGCGGGCGCAGUAUUUACAGUAUCUUGCUGAAUUUAAUGGGAACGCAUGUGCGCAGCCUAAUGGAUUUUCUUUUGGCUCUCAACCUUCUGUGCAAUGCAACGAAGUAAAUUUGGAGGAAGAUGAUGAUGAUGAUGACGAUGAAUUGAAUGUGGAAAUAGAGGUCGAGCAGGAUGUGCAACAGCAACCGGGCAAUGCCCUGCAGCGUCUUGUUGGUGCUAUCGGUUUUCAGGCAGCUCAAGAGGGUGCCUUUGAUCAGGAUAAUGAGAUGGCUCCUGGGGAGGCGUUCGACCUUUUCGACUUUGCUUAUACCGUCUUUCGAUUAGGCUUUAUGCUAGCGAUUUGCAUUACUUACGCAUCAUGGCAGCGUAUGGCCCUCGUCACUGCAGUUGCUAUGUAUUUCUACUGGCGUAAUGGGGAUCGUCAAAAUGCCGCACACCAGCAACCCGUCGAACCGCCUCAACAAGCUCAACAGGCGCAGUGGCCAGCACCAUCUGUGGAUGCGCCUAACGAGAACUCAACUGUGGCCGACGCCUCCAAUUCCCCUCCACAGUCUGAAGCGGCUGCGCCAACUGAGGCCGCGUCACCCCAGACGCAAUCGCAGGUGGCGACAGGUGUUGCCGGGGGACAGAGCGACGUGGAAGAAGUGGGUCGUGUUGGUAAGAUCGCGGAGGCGCUGCGCGCGUUCGGAGGCAUGUCAGUUCAACUAGUCUACGCCAUCUUCUCUUCGCUUGUUCCCGAGCUGCCCGCGCGCAUCGACUAG